AUGGAAAAACAAGAAAUUAAGGAGAUAAAAAGGAUGAGUGGUGAUUUGCAAGACAGAAGAAGACUCGGUUGUCUUCCACCUUCGUACGGACAACUUGUGACGAUCCUUAGCAUCGAUGGUGGUGGGGUUCGUGGGAUCAUUCCCGGUACCAUCUUGGCUUACCUCGAAUCACAACUCCAGGAAUUGGAUGGUGAGGAGGCAAGGCUUGUGGAUUAUUUCGAUGUCAUCUCCGGGACGAGUACAGGAGGUCUGAUUGCUGCGAUGUUGACAGCACCGGGAAAAGACGUCAAAGGCGGUGGCGGCCAAAGCCUCAACCGCAACCUCCCUUUGUUUGCGGCCAAAGAAAUCGUCCCUUUUUAUCUCAAACAUUCUCCCAAAAUCUUCCCACAGCCACGAGGGAUAUGUGGUUGGUUUAAAACCUUGGUGAGGCUUGUACGAGGACCAAAGUACAACGGGAAGUACCUUCAAAAGCUAAUCGAAGGUUUCUUGGGGGAAACGAAAUUAACACAGGCCAUGACAAACGUUGUCAUACCUUGCUUCGACAUCAAGAAACUCCAACCAGUUAUCUUCUCUUCUUACCCGGCGGUGAGUCAUCGAGUUAUCGACGCAAAGCUAUCAGAUAUAUGCAUAAGCACAUCAGCCGCACCAACUUAUUUCCCGGCUCAUCGAUUCACCAAUGACGACAAUGAAGGAAAUAAACAUGAAUUUAACCUCAUUGACGGUGGUAUCGCUGCAAAUAACCCGACGUUAUGUGCGAUUGGGGAAGUGACAAAGCAGAUAGUGAAGAAGAAUCCAGAAAUGGGAGACAUAAGCCCAUUGGAUUACACGAGGUUUGUGGUGAUAUCGCUUGGGACAGGUUCGAUUAGAAAUCAAGAAAAGUAUGAUGCGAAAAUGGCGUCGAAAUGGGGAUUGUUGAGUUGGGUCUAUUCAAACGGUUCAACUCCAAUUCUUGACUGUUACAAUGAAGCCAUUCACGACAUGGUUGAUUACCAAAGCUCUGUCGUCUUUCAAGCUCUUCGUUCCGAGAAAAAUUAUUUACGUAUCGAUGACGACACAUUGAAAGGUGACUUAGGUUCAGUGGACUUAUCGACAGAAAAGAACAUGGAAGGCCUUGUUAAAGUUGGUGAAGCUUUAUUGAAGAAAAGAGUUUCUCGUGUUAAUCUCGAAACUGGACAUUACGAACCCAUCUCUGAUCAUGUAACCAAUGAAGAAGCUCUCAAAAGGCUUGCAAAGGUUCUGUCAGAAGAAAGGAAACUCAGAGAAGCAAGAUUUCCUAAACUCAAGAUCUGA